AUGGUAUCCAACACAGACCUGAUUCAUCUACGACGCUGCGUGGAACUAGCCCGCGAAGCUCUCGAAGAAGGCGACGCACCUUUCGGAUCGGUGCUAGUCGAUGCCACAGGCAAAGUCCUCAAAGAAGAUCGCAAUAUGACAGUGACCGAUGCAGACGUCACCCUACAUCCCGAGUUCAUGCUGGCCAAAUGGGCUCAAGCGAACCUCACACCGGCUGAGCGCACAACUGCCACCGUCUAUACCUCGGGCGAGCACUGUCCGAUGUGCACAGCUGCUCAUGCGAAUGUUGGCCUGGGACGAAUCGUGUACGCUAGUUCUACUCAUCAGCUUGUACAGUGGAGGUCGGAGCUCGGUAUCGCGCCAGGGCCGGUUGCGCCGCUCCCGAUUAAUCAGGUGGCGCCUGGAUUGGUCGUUGAGGGGCCGGCUCCGGGUUUGGAUGAGGAGAUUCGCGAGUUUCAUCGGAUUCAUCAGGCGCAAUCCUUGUUGUAG